AUGGCCGGUCCCUCCAUCCAAGAUCGUACGGGCGAGUUCCACGCCAUUCUGGGACAAGCCCAGAAGCGCAUCGCCUCUAACAAAGCCGGUGCCCAGCGCCAGGCACUGUUGUCGGAUGCUCAGCGGAAACAAGCCAAUGGUUCCGCUGAUGGUCAGGGUGGCAAGAGACGGUCGGAGUUUGCCAGGAGAGCGGUGGAAAUCGGACGAGGCAUCACCGCGACGACGGCAAAGUUGCAGAGACUGGCCGAGUUGGCCAAGCGAAAGACGCUCUUUGACGAUCGACCGGUCGAAAUCUCCGAGUUGACGUUCGUCAUCAAACAAGAUCUCGCCUCGUUGAACCAGCAGAUCGCCUCGUUGCAGGCGCUGACCCUUUCGCAACACCCCAAGAGCAAUCGACCAAAGGCUGACCAGGAAGGAGAGCACAAUGACAAUGUGGUGGUGAUGCUACAAGGGAAGUUGGCGGACGUGGGAGCAAACUUCAAAGAUGUCCUUGAAGUGCGCACGAAGAACAUUCAGGCCUCGCGAUCUCGAACGGAAAACUUCGUUUCAUCAGUAUCUUCGAAGACACAGUCUGCCCUCGACACGCAACGCUCCGAUUCGCCGCUGUACAACACAUCUGGGCGGAGGACGCCCCAACCGGGCGGUGCUGCAGACCUGCUAACCCUCGAACCCUCGAACCCAUCCCCUCUCGGCCGCCCGUCUAUACAUUCUGACCAGCAACUCUUGGUCAUGGAGGAAGCGCAGACGAGCAAUGCGUACAUCCAAGGACGCGGCGAGGCCAUCGACGCGAUCGAACGGACCAUCAGCGAAUUGGGCGGUAUCUUUGGUCAGCUGGCCCAGAUGGUCAGCGAGCAGUCCGAGAUGAUCCAGCGGAUAGACGCCAACACGGAGGAUGUGGUGGAUAACGUACAGGGAGCGCAUCGCGAGCUACUGAAGUACUGGACGCGGGUAUCCGGGAACCGGUGGCUCAUCGCCAAGAUGUUUGGCGUUCUAAUGAUUUUCUUCCUUCUCUGGGUGUUGAUAUCGGGAUAG